UCGUUUCAGCUCAAUUACUGAGUUCUAAGGGUGUACUUGAACGCGCCACACGGAUGUGCAUGAGGCGCGUCUCCAGGAAGUAAACAGUCCUCAGCUGACGUGGAGCAGUGGACUGUUGCCACCAGUUAAACUAGAAUUAAAUUUACUGAGUUAUAGAAAAACCUGUCGGUCCAGUAGUUGUCGUGUUUUAUCAUAAUUUAAAUUGGCUCAGUUGACGUCGUUUAAACUCCCAGAAUAACUUACGGUCUUUGUAAAAAAAGCUCCUCUGUAAAGUAAAAUGGCGGCAGCGGAGAGCAGCAGGCCGUUCUCUGGGCUGUCAGACGUCUCCAUUUCCGAGGACAUUCCGGUGGAGGGAGACAUCUCUGUGCCCAUCGACUCCUCCAGAAAAGACGACGACUUCUCCACGUUGGAUGAGCCGGUGAAGGAGACCAUUCUGCGAGACCUGCGGGCAGUGGGGAAAAAGUUCAUACACGUCCUGUACCCGAAGCGGAGCUCGGCUCUGCUGCGGGACUGGGACCUGUGGGGCCCGCUGCUGCUCUGCGUGACCCUGGCUCUGCUGCUGCAGGGCGGCGCGGCCGACAACGACGACCAGGGAGGACCGCAGUUCGCUGAGGUCUUCGUCAUCAUCUGGUUCGGCUCCAUCAUCAUCACCCUCAACUCCAAGCUGCUGGGCGGCACCAUCUCCUUCUUUCAGAGCCUCUGUGUUUUGGGAUACUGCAUCUUGCCACUGACGGCAGCCAUGGCCGUGUGCCGGAUCGUCCUGCUCAGUGGCUCGGGAAAGGUCAGCUUCGCUGUGCGGCUGGUGGUGGUCACGGCAUCCUUUGGCUGGUCCACCUUCGCCUCCACAGCCUUCCUCACUGGCAGCCAGCCACCCAACCGCAAGGCGCUGGUGGUGUACCCAGUUUUUCUCUUCUACUUCGUGAUUGGGUGGAUGAUCCUGACGUUCUCGCCGCCACAGUAGAGAAGAAACAAAGAAUGAUUUGAGUUGAACUGACAAAGAUGAGGGAGGUUUUGUGGAGUGGUAGGACUCAGACACCAGAUUUUGCAUUUGAAUGAAGGUGAAUGGCUACUGAGAUGUCUGAGUGUUUCUGAAACAGCAUUUAGACUCAUGGGACUCCAUAGUAAUUCUAAACCAACUCCUUCAGGAGCAGCGACGGUCGCACUCAGAUUCCGAGAACUCCAGUCGAGACUGAGCUGCAGAUGGAGAGUGAAAAAGCUGCUGUUCCUACUUUUCUAGGUUGUCUCCCAGAUAGGUUUACCAGCUCUGUAUAAAAUCUUUAGGCUUGUAAACAGAAAUGCUUUAUGAAUGUUGGAACUGUGAGGGUUGUGAUUACUUGUUCUCUCCUCCUGGUCGUUGUGGGUGUUUGAAAUCUGCUACUGUCUUAAGCACAGGUGCAAAUAUAAAUUGACAGCCUCCAUUUACACACUACAUUCUGCAUUUUAGGCAUUUAGCUGAUGCUUUUAUGCAGCUUUUUUUAAGAACGCUGACUGUCAAGCAGCUGUGGAGUCACCGUGGCCAACAGUCGUCCAUAGUAAUACUCGUUUUUCUUUUAGACUUCUGGGGAGAUUUUUAUUUGACAGAUGACGGCAAAUGAAUGGAGAGGGAGAUCUGGAAUGGGUAUCAGGGACAUCACCCACUCAUAGGAACAGUUUUGGAAAAUAUGCAUCUUCGCUAUCUUGUCGAGAGUUAAAUGAGAAGAUUGAUUCUGGGACUGCAGCUAAUGAUUUGCUCUUUCAGUCAAUACUUUGUUUAUUGUCUAAAAUUCCACAGACCAAGGUUAUGCACUUCUGUUGCUUGUUUUAUUCAGUAACAGUUCAACAGUUGCAGCCCUCACGACAUUCAGUUUACAAUCAUAGGGCAGAGAAGGGGCUCAGAUCCUCACACUAGAGGUUGGUCCCAGUGAAUGUUGGCUGGUUGGUGAGUCAGCUGUUUCAAUAAUUGAUUAAUCAUCUAAAACUUGCCAAAUGUUAAACUUUCCCUGGCUGCAAUGCUCCAGUGUGAUGCUAACUAAUGGGUUUUUGAUUCUUGGUUGAUUGAACAUAUCAGGAUUUUGAAGAACACUUGUUUUUCACUAGUUUUAUUUUCGUAGACCAUUCAAUAACAAUGGUAAACCUAGGUCAGUUGACUCACCUUGCAGCUUUAAUUGAUGUCACUCUCGUGUCUGUAUGGUAAAUACAAAGCUACAACAGCAGAGAGCUGAGCUGAGUUUAGCUUAGCACAAAGACUGGGAGCAGGGGGAGACGGCUAUCAUGGCUUUGUCUGUAGAUCAAAAACCCACCUACCAGCACCUCUGAGGUUCACUUAGUGCUGUUUCUCCUACACCUAUAUAUGAGUGGUAUUCAUCCCACUAGAUCUUUGGUAAGAAAGUGAAUAUGCAUAUUUUCUGAAAUGUCAGUGUCCUAAACUGUUACAGACAUGGAAGCACAUGUAUUUGUGAGCUUCUGCAUGAACGUGUUCAUUUGUUGUUGGGUAAUGUCCCUCACAGACGUGCAGAGGACAUGUAUGUCCCAUGGAUCCCUGUAAUUUGGGUUUUAGUACAUUUUUACUUCUUUUCGCCUCCAACUACUCAGAGCAACCUUACAAUGUAGUUGCAGUUUUUUCAGAUAUCCUCAACUCAACCAUUUAAACUGAGUGAAGGUGAUACAUAGGGUUUUUUCUGUUAGGUGUCUGUCUCUGCUUUGUGAUCAAUCAGAUGAUUGAUCUUUGACUAACCUGACCGGUUACUUUUGACCCCUUCUCUGUGAACAGGUAUCAUGUCCCAGAUUGCUGGGGCUAUUCUUUGUUGAUUUAAUUUAUAUCUACUAAUUUACAUAAAAAUUCAAAUUAAAAUAUUUUUGGUCAGCUGUGUUAAUUCAUGUCUAAAUUCUCAGUGUACCUACAGGUGCAGCUCUGUUGAUUUAUUACAUCAUAAAAAAUCCACUUUAACACAACAAGACCUGAAGAUUUGGCAACUGUGCUUCAGUGGGUAGAGCAGUUGUCUCCCGAUCGGAGGUUCAAAUCUCGCUGCCUGUGGUCCACACGUCGAACUGUCCUUGGGCAAAGACACUGAACCCCCAACUUGCCCCCCAAAAGUUAGAGCCAUUGGUUGAGUU